CAGCAGUGAUGCUGCAGUAACACAGCAUCCUUUGCAUCUCCCUCUCCUGUGCAAUACCUGCCCCGAGCUCAGCAUCUCUUCCUACCCGAUUGCUGCCUCGGCACGCAUCCUCCCUGAUGUGCAUCCCCCCCAUCGCUGCCAGUGACUGCUUGCCCUCAUUUUGAGCUGUUUCUUUCCCAGCUUCCCCCUGUGCUGCAGGCUGGGAAUGGUACGGUCCUCUCUCCAGCUCCCAUUGCUCCGUGGAUAUUGCUAGAAGGUGAAGGCAUCAGUGUGAGCUGCAGUGGCUGCAGGCAGCCCCAAAUCACUCGGAGAGGGAGCAGAAGGGGCUCAGUGCGGAGCUCUGUCCCUUCCCUCUGGGUCUGGCAGCACCUUCGUGAGGUGCCAUGACCCAGGGCAAGCUCUCAGUGAACAACAAACCCCCCAACCCUGAGGGGCAGGGGGAGAAGAAGGACAAUGCCACGGCCCCCCCAGCCCCUCCAACCUACGAGGAGGCAACAGCAGGAGAGGGGGUGAAGAUGGGUACUUACCCUCCUCCUCCAUCCGUCCCAUUGCACCCCAGCUGGGCUUACGUUGACCCCAGCACGAGCCCCAGCUAUGGCAGCGGGGCAUACCCUGGAGACACAGAGAUGCUCACAUCCUUCAGCUGGGAUGACCGGAACGUGCGCAGAGUGUUCAUCAGGAAGGUUUAUGCCAUCCUGAUGGUCCAGCUCCUGGUGACUCUCGUCAUUGUUGCUUUCUUCACCUUCUGCGAGCCAGUCAAGGGAUACGUCCAGGUGCACUCUGGUUGGUACUGGGCUUCCUAUGCUGUUUUCUUUGUGACCUACCUGAUUCUUGCUUGUUGCUCUGGGCCCAGGAGGUAUUUCCCAUGGAACCUGAUUCUGCUGAGCAUCUUUACCCUCUCCAUGGCUUAUCUCACCGGGAUGCUUUCCAGUUAUUAUGACACCAAGUCAGUUCUUCUGUGCCUGGGGAUCACUGCCCUGGUGUGUCUGUCUGUCACCAUCUUCAGUUUCCAGACCAAGUUUGACUUCACCUCCUACCAGGGCAUCCUCUUUGUGAUGCUCAUGGUGCUCUUCUUCGGUGGCAUCAUCCUGGCUGUGAUUCUGCCCUACAAAUAUGUCCCCUGGCUCCAUGCGAUCUACGCUCUGCUUGGUGCCAUCAUCUUUACCAUGUUCCUGGCCUUUGAUACGCAGAUGCUGAUGGGGAAUCGCCGAUACUCACUGAGCCCAGAGGAAUACAUCUUUGGAGCCCUCAAUAUCUACCUGGACAUCAUCUACAUCUUCUCCUUCUUACUGCAGUUCUUUGGCUCCAGCCAGGAGUGAGCACAGCAGGGCAGUAUCUUCUCUUCGUUAGCUAGAUGCAAAUGUUUAAAAGAAAUCUUAAAAGGAAAAGAGGGUUUAAAAAAUGACAGCAAAACAACCCACCCUUUCUGGCCCACUAGCAGGCUCCAUUCUAUCAGCUGAGCAAAGCUCCUGGGUUCCUUCACGCAGCUUGUAUAUAUGCUGUUAAGCCUUUGUGACCCAGACAGCAAAGCAGGGCUUAAGUGUGAUGUCUCUCCUGCUCCCUCCACUCCUACUGAGCUCAAACCAAACCAGAGACCGGGAAGCACGAGGCUGAGGUUUUCUCUUCCCCAGAGGCUGCCUGCACAUCAUUGGAUGUUGAAGUGCUGGGAACAGCUCUGCAAAGGGAAAGUGAUGUUGAAGGAGGAGAGGAAGGGAAUUUUGCUAGGAUGCUGGCAAGAAAUACAGAAGAACAAAGGAAAAAAAAAGCUGGGGAAUGCCCCCUCCCCCCACUUCCCCCACCAUCCCCAUACUUGUCACCUGCAUUCAUUCAGAGCCCCACUGCCUCUGCAGAGAAAUGCUCGAGAACUUAGAAAGACUGAGCAGGGGAUCACAUAAUCUGGAUGUCCCACAGUCAGCCAGGCUGAAGGGGACCUGUUGUUCUUUGGGGACAUCCCAAAUGCCACUGCAGGGGGAAUUCUGUAUCCUUUGCAGCUGGCUGUGGGGCUGAGGCUGCAUUUUUUUUCCUUCCCAGACAGUAGGAGCACUGGUGUGGGCUCAUCUCCCAAACCAGGGAGGUUGCAAUGUCAGUGUUCUUCACGUGGGUAGGUGGGGAUCCCAUGGGUAAGUUGUUAGCAGGGAAUGGCAGAGAGAGAGGCUGAGUCUCAUAGCCUUCCUGACAUGGGAUGUGAGUGUCUGAAGUGCUGUGAUCCAUCCCACGACUCUGAUGCCUUCAGGAAAGUGUCUUGGUUGCUUGAGAUCCAUGGUCCUAAGUGGUUGUUACCCAAAGACAGAGGGUGAACACCCGUUGCUUGAAACAGUGACAUAGGUGUUGGCUACAAAGAGGUGUCUGCCAUCUCCAGACAGGGAUGGCAGAGUGCACACAGGUAAAUUUCCAUCUUCCCCUUGCUCACGUUCCCCUCUUUGGGGAUUGGCUGGCUAAUUUCUAACCGUAAAGCUCCAUGUGGAGAUAAGGGGCCUUUUGCUCUUAUUUAGAAAGCGAUCCUUCCUGCUGAUAGAACCCGUAUCUUCAAUCUCCCUGGAAUGCUGAUGCAAGUGCGUCACUGGGCUGCCUCUAGCAAUCCCCACGUCUUAGAGAAAGGCUCUGCCAGAAUGCUCUGUGCUGCACAUUCCUCUGCUUCUGCUGCCCCAGCUGUUACCCCUCACAUGUUGCAUCCUCCCACUGCACGUGUUCCGUGCCCUGAGCUGAGCAGAGGAAAAGGAAAGUUACUAUACAAGAGUCAAUAAAAAAUAAUGCUUCAACCCCUCAGCAGCUGUACUGACCUUGUUGGUAAUGCAGGAGCAGAAGCGAUGUUUUUCAUCUCUCCCUUCAAGAAAAAACAACCAUGGUUUGGGGAUAAGGAAUGCUACAAGGAUAGCGUGAAGUCCAUGAGCCCCUGUUUCCUGCAGCACAUCACAGAGACCAAAUAAGGGCCAUGAGCUGUUGGGCAGGAGAAACUGGGAGAAAAGACAGCAUGGGAGGCACCCUAAAAGUUCACGAAAUAGAAGUUCAGAGAGGGAUUUUUCUCACUCGGACCCACGCAGGCACUUCUGCAACACCUUAGCAGACAGGCUGUGCAGCUUCCUUUGCUCAUAGCAGAAGGCCUGUGGGCUUUUCUGCUUUCCAGCUUUUCAGGAAGGAGCCUUAUGUGAAGAGUUCUGACUCAACAACAGUUCUAAAAUUCCUCUGGAAGAGGACAAUCCAGGAGCUCUUCAGCCCUCUUCCUGCACUGGGACUUCUUGCAAUCAGACCUGGGGAGGAGAACACAAACCUGCAGCCCACUCUGGAUUUCUUGCUCUUUUUCCUUCUGAUGUGGAGUAACUCUGCUGCUGCUCUCUCCUGGCUUUCUGCUCCCACGUGGGAAAAGCUUGCAUGGCAUCUGCUCAAUCUCGGGACCACCUUAGCAGGGAUGGCUAUAUGUCCCUCUGCAGGGCUCCCUUCUUGCAUGCGUCCUGGUUCCUCUCCAUGCUGUCCCCACACCUUGCUGCCCACCCAAGCCAGACAGAGAUCACUUGAAGGUUGAAGUCCUCACAGGGCUGAACAUCACAAGGUUAGGGGUGAGGAACAGCCAUUGUUGGGUUCCUCCUGGGUUCCUCACCCUGCUGCACAGCAGAGGUGCUGGGCUGCUUCUCUUUUGCCAUGUGGAUGUUCCUUAUCUGAGGCCCGCAUUGCCUGGCCCCUGGCUCUGUAUCCCCACGCUCCCUUUGUCCGCCCAUUCUUACAAUUUCAGAAAUAGGAUUUUGUAUUUUCUCCAAACGUUGCUAAUAAACUGUUGCAAAACUGUUAGCGUUGUUCUGUUGUGAGGCCACAUCGAAGGAUGGUUUGGUUGCACAGCUGAAAUGGAAAACAUAAACAGGACUGUGGCGUGACGUGGCAUAGU